AUGCUGGCCCUCAGGAAAGCCAUUGCACGCUCAGCUGUCCGGAGUGCCUCUCCAGCUCGAUCCCUGCCCUUUGCAGCGGCGGCCACUGCCACAAGUACCAGCCCGGCCCUUUUGCGCCACACUCGGCCCAGCAGCUCCAGCUCCAGCUCCAGCUUCAGCUCGGCAUCCUCUUCACGCCCUUCGUCCGCGACUACUGCAGCCUCGCCGCAGCCGCUGCUCUCGUCGUCGUCCAGCCAGCUUUCCUUCAACAUGGCCUCCUCGUCCUCGUCUCCCUCGUCGCCGCUGGCAUCCAAGGCGCCCGGCAGCUCCCGCCAGCUCGCCACGGCGGCGGCCGCGUCCUCGAGCACCGUCGGCUCGGCCGGCUUCUCGUUUGACUCGCUGCCGCCCGGCUACGAGGUGCGCGAUUCGAUCGGCGACGUCAAGACGCCCGCUCCCUACGCCGUCUUCACCCGCGACCUCGAGGUGCCGUCGCGCGAUGACAUGAAGUACCGGCUGGUCCGCCUGGCCAACGGCCUCGAGGCGCUCGUCAUCCACGACGAAAAGACCGACAAGUCGAGCGCCGCCAUGGACAUCCGGGUCGGCCACCUCUCGGAUCCCGAGGAGCUCCAAGGGCUGGCCCACUUUUGCGAGCACCUCCUCUUCAUGGGCACCAAAAAGUACCCGCGCGAGAACGAGUACAGCGAGUUCCUCUCCAACCACUCGGGCGGCUCCAACGCCUACACGGGCAUGGACAACACCAACUACUUCUUCGACGUCGGGCCGGAGCACUUUGAGGGCGCCCUCGACCGCUUCGCCCAGUUCUUCCUUGAGCCCCUCUUCGACCCGAGCUGCUCGGAGCGCGAGAUCAAGGCCGUCGACUCGGAGCACAAGAAGAACCUCCAGAGCGACGCGUGGCGCUCGUUCCAGCUCGAAAAGAGCCUCAGCGACGCCAGCCACCCCUACUCCCACUUUGGCACAGGCAACUACCAGACGCUGUGGGAGAACCCCAAGGGCAAGGGCGUCGACGUGCGCGACGAGCUGCUCAAGUUCCACGACCGCUACUACAGCGCCAACGUCAUGAAGCUCGUCGUGCUGGGCCGCGAGCCGCUCGACCAGCUGACGACGUGGGUGAUUGACAAGUUUUCGGGCGUCCGCAACACCGGCCGCAAUCCCCCCGAGUUUCCCUCGUCGCCGCUCAAGCCCGAGCAGCUGCAGAAGCAGGUGUUCUACAAGACGGUGCGCGACAUGCGCUCGAUGCGGAUCGCCUUCCCCAUCCCGGACCAGGGCCCGCUCUACCGCACCAAGCCGAGCCACUUCCUGUCGCACUUUAUCGGCCACGAGGGCGAGGGCUCGAUCCUGUCGCACCUCAAGCGCAAGGGCUGGUGCAACCGCAUCAGCGCCGGCGGCUCGGACGGCGCCAAUGGCUUCCAGUUCUUCAAGAUCAACAUCGACCUCACCAAGGACGGGUUGGCCCACCACGAAGAGGUGCUCGAGAGCGUCUUCAAGUACAUCCACCUGCUGCGCUCGUCGAAGCUCGAGGAGUGGACCCACCGCGAGGUGUCGCAGCUGAGCGAGCUCAUGUUCCGCUUCCGCGAAAAGUCGGACCCGGCCGACUACGCCUCGGCCAUCGCCACCGAGAUGCAGAUGCCCUACCCGCGCGAGUGGAUCCUGUCGGGCGCCUACCUCAGCCGCGAGUUUGACCUGCCCCAGAUCCAGCAGACGCUCGACAUGCUCAGCCCGCGCAACUGCCGCGUCAUGGUGGCCGCCAAGACGCUGCCGGACGGCACCGCCGAGUGGGAGGGCCGCGAGAAGUGGUACGGCACCGAGUACACGGUGCGCCCGCUGCCGGAGCGCCUGCUCGACCUCGCGCCGUCCGACUACGAGGACCUGGCGCUGCCGCGGCCCAACUCGUUUGUGCCGACCAACUUCGAGCUCAAGGGCCAGCUGGCCGCCGAGCGCGGCCGCAAGCCGGCGCCGCGCCCCACGCUCGUCUCCGAGACGCCGGCGAUGCGCGUGUGGCACAAGGUCGACGACCAGUUUGGCAUGCCCAAGGCCAACCUCUUCUUCACCAUGCGCAACCCGGCCAUCAACGCGACGCCGCUGGCGGCCACCAAGACGCGCAUGGUCAUGGACCUGGUCAACGACGAGCUGACAGAGUACUCGUACGACGCCAGCCUGGCCGGCCUCGCCUACUCGCUCGACUCGCAGGACAACAGCAUCGUGCUGUCGGUUAGCGGCUACAACGACAAGCUCAACGUGCUGCUGCAGAACAUCCUCAAGGAGCUCAUCAACUUCAAGGUCGACGCCCGCCGCUUUGACAUCAUCAAGGACCGCGUCCGCCGGGGCUGGGAAAACUUCAGCAUGGAGGAGCCCUACCGCCACGCCCACUUCUACCUCACCUACCUGCUGCAGGACAAGAUGUGGACGCCGCGCGAGAAGCUGGCCGAGCUCGAGCGCCUGACGGCCGAAGAGGUGCAGGCCUUCCUGCCGGAGCUGCUGCAGCGGAUGCACGUCGAGGUGCUGGCCCACGGCAACCUGCAGCGCGACGAGGUGCAGCGCGUGGCCGACGAGUCGCUCGCCACGCUCCAGAGCCGCCCGAUCAACCCGGCCGAGCUGGUGUCGCAGCGCUCGCUGCUGCUGCCGCCCGGCAGCAACCACGUGUGGACGCUGCCCGUCACCAACGACGCCAACAUCAACUCGGCGCUCGAGUAUUACUGCGAGGUCGGCGACCCUUCGGACGUGGCGCUGCGCGCCAAGCUGUCGCUGCUGUCGCAGAUCGCCCACGAGCCGGCGUUUGACCAGCUGCGCACCAAGGAGCAGCUGGGCUACCUCGUCUUCAGCGGAGGCCGCCGCUCGGUCGGAUCGAUGGGUUUCCGCAUCAUUGUCCAGUCGGAGCGCGACGCCCCUUACCUCGAGUCGCGCGUCGACUCGUUCCUCGACCAGCAGCUCAAGCCGCUGCUCGAGCGCAUGACCGAUGACGAGUUUGCCGCGCACCAGUCGAGCGUCAUCCACAAGAAGCUGCAGAAGUGGCUCAACCUCAACGAGGAGUCGCACACCUACUGGUCCAACGUCUUUUCGGGCAAGUACGACUUCCUCUCGCGCUGGACCGACGUCGAGGCGAUUGGCAAGCUGCGCAAGUCCGACGUCGUCGACCUCUUCAUGACGCGCAUCCACCCGUCGAGCCCGACGCGCGCCAAGCUGUCGGUCCACCUCGCCUCGUCGGCCAAGGCGACGCGCUUCAGCGUCGAGGCGGCCGAGGCGCUCCAGGGCGCCAUCGAGGCGCAGCGCAUCCCCGUGCCCAAGGAGGCGCUCGAGGCGCUCAAGGCGCAGCAGCCCGCCGUCGAGACGGUCAAGGACUUUGCCCAGCAGGCGCUCUCGCAGGUGCCCGACCUGCCCAAGGAGAGCCUCAAGUCGAUGAUGGACAUGAUUGAUGCGCUCGCCGCCCAGUUCCCCUACAAGGAAGCCGCUGACGACAAGCAGCAGCAGCAGCAACAGGCCGUUGUUGCGUCCGCGGUGCCGGCCGUCGAAGUGGCCGACCCGAUCGCGUUCAAGGCGUCGCUGCACUCUUCCAAGGCCGCCGUGCCCGUCCGCAGCCUCGAGGAGCUGUUCAAGGAACCCGAGGACGAGGCCGAGCAGGUGGCCAAGCUGGCCCAGGCCGCCAUCGCCCAGAUCGCGCCCGCCUCGGAGUCCAAGGCCAACCUCUGA